CUACUACUCAUCGCUAGAUUGUCAUAUGCUUGGUCACAAAGCCAGGUGUUACGUAGACCUAACGAGGAAGUUCUAUCAUCGAAGAAGAAAUGGCGGAAUGUCCAGAAAGUUCUAGUGAUACUGUCACAGUUACCGAGGAAACGAGUGGUAGUCCAUCGCAACAGCGACUCGUACUGAAACUAAAGAAACCCAAAUCAGAGAAAAAGGUGCAAUGGGAUGCAAGUGCAGUAGAUAAUGAGUUUAUGGGAAAGAAAACAUCAAAAUGUUGUUGUAUUUAUUCGAAGCCUAAGGUGUUUGGAGACUCUUCAUCUGAAAGUGAUAGUGAUGAUGAUGAUGGAUGUGGCCACAACUCAUACUGCACAGGCCACAAAAAGAAAAGCUAUGGCCAUCCUCAUGAUCACAAUAACAAAGGAGAUGAACCUGCCUCAUUGAAUUCCAACCCAAAUGCAAAUAGCUGAUCAUUUUGACCAACACAUAUAGAGAAUGUAAAAUUUAUUGGUUGUUAUUUUAUUAGCAUAGUUAAUUUAUUUCUAAGAUAAUGUACAGUGCCCUUAUUGUUAACAAUCAGAAGGUAACAUUAACCCUGUUGACAUGGUUCCUUCCUUCACCUUGUCAUACAGGGCUAGAAAUUAUUGUUAACAAUCGGAAGGUAACAACCCUGUUGACAUGGUCCGUUCCUUCACCUUGUCAUACAGCGCUAUAAAUUUUCUCUUAAGAAGAGAAUUGCACCACAGAGGGAGGUCUGCGAUGGAAUGUGAUCAUUUUGUCAUUCAAAUUAAGACCAGAAAUGUUUAUCAAAUGAAAAUUGCUAAUGAGGCAGUCACUGUAAAUGAUUAAGAAUCACCCUGAAUAAAUGACAUAGGUAAAUUGCCAAUAAUUUCUCUGGAUGGGAUAUUUGUAAUCAAAAGAAAAGCAUGCAGUGUUACUUUGUGUUUGUUUUCCAGUUCUCUUCAUGCUUAAGGGUGAUUUGUGCUGUAAACCAAAAGACUUUGCUACUUGUAAAUGCUACCCUUAAGCAUUGUUUUACAAUGCAAAAACAAACCUGAGAUGCCUUCAAUAACGUUCUUAGUAACUUCCUUGGUUUGUUUUCAAUAAAACCCUUUAAAUUGAA